GUGCUACAUCAGCAUCGUCAUAACGCCAGUUCCCAAACGGAUCGACACAUCGAUGUGGGCUUCUGUAGCAGGCGGUGGUUUACGAAUUCUGCGCAACUGCUGUGGGUCUCUUCCUCCUGUCUCCAUUGCUACUUCGUCUUCCUCUCUUCGCACCAAUUUUCGUGCCCUAGUUUUAAUGGACAGCCUCAAGAGCUCAUCCUCCUCUGCUUUCGCUCAUUCUGGUCGAAGUGGUGGUAGAGGAAGAGGUUUAGAGAUGAAAGAUAGCCGUGAGAGGUCGAGAGGCCGUGGCGGCGGCGGCAGCGGCGGUAAAGAUAAAAUUGACGCUUUAGGGAGACUCAUGACACGUAUAUUGCGGCACAUGGCUUCUGAGUUGAACUUGAAUAUGAGGAGUGAUGGGUAUGUCAAGGUUCAAGAUCUAUUGAAGCUGAACAUGAAAACCUUCGCAAAUAUUCCAAUAAGAUCUCACACUGUUGAUGAUGUUCGGGAGGCUGUCAGAAAGGACAAUAAGCAGCGGUUUAGCCUACUGGACGAAAAUGGAGAGAUUUUGAUACGUGCAAAUCAAGGGCACACAAUAACGACAGUAGAAACUGAAAGCUUAUUAAAACCAAUCCUUUCAGCCGAAGAAGUUCCAGUCUGUGUGCAUGGAACCUAUAAGAAAUUCUUGGAUUUAAUUUUGGAGCAUGGUCUCAAGCGCAUGAAAAGGUUGCAUGUACACUUCUCAUGUGGCUUGCCAGCAGAUGGAGAAGUAAUCAGCGGUAUGAGACGGGAUGUUAAUGUUUUGAUCUUUCUUGACGUCAGAAAAGCUCUGGAAGAGGGAAUGAAGCUUUACAUUUCAGACAACAAGGUGAUCUUGACAGAGGGUUUCGAUGGUGUUGUGCCAGUGAAGUACUUCGAAAAGAUUUUGUCAUGGCCAGAUAGACAGCCCAUACCUUUUUAGAUCUGGAAUUGAUCAGAUAUUAUUUUUUACUUUUUGGAACUUAUGGGACCCGUUUUGCUCCGAAGACAUCAUUGGUUCUUCUUUUCAUUGAAAAAUGUAAAUAUGGCACAUGUAAUGAGAUAACCUCAAUUGAGUACAAUAUUUCUAUCUAUCAAUGCUUCAAAUGAUGAGAAACUUUGUAACUCAAGUA